CUCUCUCUCUCUCUUUUCAGUUUUUCUUUUUAUUGUAUGAUUGCAUUUUGGCUUCUCCGCUUUCCUGUGAAUGUGGUGUGUGAGAGAAGCUUCUUGAUAUUUGUGAUUCUCUUCAAAUCCCUUCUAAACAAAACAAAUGAUGGUGAGAUUUCUGUUUCACCCCAUUGUAUGGGAAUGACGACAAUGUGCAUGGAAAAAUCAUCGUAAAAGUCCCAUGAUGUAAUAGAAAAUGAAGUUCUGGGGGUGUCAGAUCUGAGAAAAUUAGCCUGUGGAAAGGUUUGGAGAAGCUUUCUAACGUUUUGCCAUGCGGGGACGGCAGCGAGUAGCAUCCAGAGACCACAUAUCUGGGCAUGAAAAAGAAGAAAAUCAAGCUUCAGUUCGUUUACCAACUGUCAAACCUUGUUGGCAGCGAUCUUUGCGGCAUGUAGUAGUGGCUUCUCUUUCUUCAUUCUUAUAUGGAUACCAUAUUGGAGUAGUCAAUGAAACCUUAGAGAGCAUUUCUGUAGAUCUCAGCUUUAGUGGGAAUACAAUGGCUGAAGGUCUUGUAGUAAGUAUAUGUUUAGGAGGAGCUUUUAUUGGAUCUCUGUUCAGUGGGUGGAUUGCAGAUGGUGUUGGGCGUAGAAGAAGUUUCCAGUUGUGUGCUUUACCUAUGAUUAUCGGGGCUGGAAUGAGUGCAACAGCAAAAUCCCUGUGGGGCAUGCUUUUGGGAAGGUUAUUUGUUGGUACUGGAAUGGGACUUGGCCCACCUGUUGCAGCUCUUUAUGUGGCUGAGGUCUCACCUCCAGCUGUGCGGGGUGCUUUUGGGGGUUUAACUCAAAUAGCAACAUGUCUUGGACUCAUGGGUUCUCUCUUUAUUGGAAUCCCAGCGAAGGAUAUUGUGGGUUGGUGGAGGAUUUGUUUUUGGGUAUCUGUCAUUCCUGCUACAAUACUUGCACUUUUUAUGGAGAUUUGUGCAGAGUCUCCAUAUUGGCUAUUCAAGAGAGGAAGAACCAUUGAAGCCGAAGCUGAAUUUGAGAAGCUCUUGGGAGGGGUUCAUGUGAAAGCUGCAAUGACUGAACUUUCAAAGUCUGACAGAGGUGAUGGGUCUGAUACAGUAAAACUCUCUGAAUUACUCUUUGGCUGCCAUUUCAGAGUGAUGUUCAUUGGAUCCACACUUUUUGCAUUGCAGCAGCUAUCUGGCAUAAAUGCUGUUUUCUAUUUCUCUUCAGCUGUCUUUGAAAGCUUUGGUGUACCAUCUGAUAUUGCAAACACCUGUGUGGGAAUUUGCAAUUUAUUGGGGUCAGUUGUCGCAAUGAUUCUGAUGGAUAAACUUGGAAGGAAAGUGCUUCUCCUGGGUAGCUUUUUUGGCAUGGCAUUAGCAAUGGGUCUACAAGUCCUUGCUGCAAGUUAUUUUGUAUCAGGAUUGGGAGCAAUGUAUUUAUCUGUUGGUGGCAUGUUGCUGUUUGUGCUAUCAUUUGCUUUCGGUGCUGGUCCAGUUCCUUGUCUCCUCAUGUCUGAAAUUCUACCUGGCAAGAUCAGAGCCAAGGCAAUGGCAAUUUGCCUGGCUGUGCAUUGGGUGAUAAACUUCUUCGUGGGUCUAUUCUUUUUGCGCAUGCUGGAGCUAAUUGGGCCCCAACUUCUGUAUAGUGCUUUUGGUUCCUUUUGUUUGACGGCGGUGAUUUUUGUGAAGAAAUUUGUUCUGGAAACAAAAGGGAAGUCACUCCAGGAAAUUGAAAUUGCGCUUCUUUCUCAAGAAACAACCCAAAUGAACUAAAGUGGCCGUACGGUUAAGGUAUAGGCAUAUAUUCAUUUGUUGAAAGAGUUGUGGAAACAUUUUCAUGUAAAAAGUA